CGCACGCCUCCCGGAAGUCAAUAAGGCCACUCACGUGGCUGGCUUUGUAGCCUGCCCCUCCCAGCUGCUAACGCAGCGCCUCUUUCGGUUUCCUUUCCUGUCGGCCGGGGGCCCUGAUGGCGGCGUGGAUGAGGUUCGGGGGGCUGGAGGAUGGCGAGAAGAAAGAGUGGUGCUCCUGGGAGUACGACUCCACCUGGGAAAGCGAGGAGGAGGAGGAGGAAGAAGAAGAAGAAGGGAAGGAGCCGCAGGAGGCCCGAGCCGACAGAGAGGAAGAGGAGUCCUUGCCAGGGUGGUUGAGAGUCUCCCACCAGGCCAGCGGCGUACAGUCUAGAUGGUAUUGUUUAUUCAGGACGACCUAUAUGUUUUUGAGGAAAGUUCUUUCACAUCUUAAUCUUUCAGAUGCCCAGGAGCGAAGAAGACCAGCUGCCUCAUCAAUUGGUUAUAGAGGUUUUGAGUUCUCGACUGGACGCAACUGGACAGCCGCAAAAGAUAUGCAGAGAUACAGGCAUUGUUAUCCGGGUUUGAAAGAAAGGGAACCUGAUGCUGAAGAGGAGGAGAUGUGGAAUUUAAGUUUUUACAAAAACGAAAUUCACUUUUUGCCUCACGGCUUACUUAUUGAUGAGCUCCUUGAAGCUUGGCAGGAGGAUUACGAGACUCUGGAAGAAAAUCAUUCUUAUAUACAAUGGUUGUUUCCUUUGCGUGAACGUGGGAUGAACUGGCGUGCAAAGCCUCUCACAUGUAAAGAAAUUCAGGCCUUUAAGAAAUCCAAGGAAGUUAUGCAAAGAUUCAUUAGAGCUUACAAACUCAUGCUGGGUUUUUAUGGAAUAAACUUGAUAGAUCAAGGAACAGGAGAAGUGCAAAGAGCAGAAAACUGGUGUCAGAGAUUUCGCAACCUUGAUCGGUUUAGUCACAACAAUUUGCGGAUAACUCGUAUUUUGAAGUGUCUGGGAGAGAUGGGGUAUGAACACUAUCAAGUAUGCCUGGUUAAGUUUUUCCUAACAGAGACGCUUGUUUACCAAACACUCCCAAACGUUAAGAGAAGUGCCUUGGAUUACUUCAUCUUCACCAUCAGAAACAAGCAGAAGCGAAGGGAACUGAUACACUAUGCAUGGAUGCACUUUAAACCUCAGAAUAGGUUUGCAUGGGGGCCUCAUAAGAAACUCCAGAAAUAUAAACCUCCUUUAAAGUCUCAGCACUGCCAAAAGGCUGAGGAAGAGAGGGAAUCCAUCCAAGAUAAAGAAGCAGUGGGAAAGAAUGAAACCAAUCCUCCAAACAGGGAGGAGAAAGUUGGAGAUGCUGCAUACUCCAAAACUAACAAGAUGACUGAUGAAUGUACCUCAGAGGAGCAAAGUAAGCGUGGUGCCAUGUACGUUGCAGAACGAGGAGACAACGUAGAAGAGAAAGAACCCUCACUUCCCCAGCUAGAAGAGAAGGUUCUGAGUGAGGAUCUUGUGGGCAUGGGGCAUGGAGCAGAGAGUGAAUGCCUAAAGGAAAGCAAGAAAAGAAAGCUUGAGAUGAGCAGAUUAACUGGUAAGUGCACAGAGCUAUUGAAAAGUCCCACUGAUAUUGAGAAGAUCUCUUAUAACCUCGGGGAAUUUGCUAUCAACCAAGAGACCACGGAGACUCAUCCAGCAUUGCCAGAAAAGGGUGACCAAGUAACAACUGAAGAAGGCGACGUCAGUAGUGAAGACUUAAAGGCGUCUGAGUCCUCUGAUGCACCUGUAAAAAGAAGGAAAGUUGAUGAGGCAAUGCCAGAAAACAGUACCGUAAAUGUGGCAAUAAGCCUGGAUGCUGACACCACUACCUGCAACGUCCAGGCAACAAAGCCAGGGGCCAGGGGCUGUGGGGCUGAGAAAGGAGAAGUUAGUGAGGAAGACAAGGUUGUGGAAGAAAUUAGUGUUAAAACUGAGAAUGGUGCUGAAGGUGCAAAUGUGAAUUCAUUGCCUGGUUCUGAGACUAAUGAGCCUGGCUUGUCUUCUCUGGCAGGCAGUGGCUCAGUGCUACGUGAAGCAAAUUCAGAAAUACAAAACGAGGGGCAUCAAUGUAAUGAAGCUCUAACGGUAAGUGAAAGCCAGGUAGAUAACAGAGAACAGAAAGAAGGGGCAGACGGUGUCAAUGCAAGAGGGGAAACAAAAACCCCAGACAAGAACCAGAGCCAAGAGGGUCUUCAGCAGAGCGUGGUGGCAUCUUGUCUUGAAAAAGUCAGUGUUAGGGACAUAGCACAAAAAAUGGAUCACUUUGAGGAUUCAGCAGAACUGAAUGAUCAGCAGACAAUGGCAGAGCGUGGAAAAGCCAUUGCGAUAGCACCAGAGCCAGGGGAGGAGGAAGGACAGUGACGUCCUGAAUUCAAGGAGCAUGGAACAGCGAUUCAGACUCCAAAGGCAGAUGGAAAAAGAAGUCUCUUUUAAAACAAUCCAGAACUAACUCAGUCCCUCCCCUCCCCUCUGAUUGUCUUAACUAGAAAAAAUCUGCUCGGUCAACUACGUAGGGAAGAGCCCCUGACCUCUUCCUGUUCCCAUUUGUAUCUGACAUGCUGGACUAUGUGCAAGAAUUUCCCCUCUUCACCUCUUUUUUGGUAUGUGUAUUAAAGAAGAAAACAAAGCUGCUUUCCUCUUUGAAAGAGUAAAGCUCUUAUUUAAUAAGUGAUUUUAAUCCAUGGAAUACAGAUGUUUGUAGAAUAAACCAACUGGUUUCUAGUUUUUUUUUUUUUUUUUAACCAGGUAAUUCCUCUUCGGCACUUUGGAAACUGUCACACUAACAACGGGGAGUUUUUACAUUUGCUGUUUCCCUAGCAAAGGCCAGUGUGAGACCCUGUUGCUCAUCUUGGUGAGGCUCUGUUGAAAUCAGUUUUGUAAGGAGACACCAAUUUGAUUGUGCAGUGGUUGUUCUGCUUGAAGCCUGGUGCUUUUCUGCUCCUUGAGGGCAAAGGUCCCCCAUUCUGCUGAUAUUUGCUUGCAAAAGGGGUGAGGGUAGUGAAAUUUCGUGUGUGGGGAAAAUGCAAAUGCCUUUCCAGGGGUAAGCUUAAUUUUAAGCAUUUAGUUUGGAAUACGAGUGUCAUUGAUUAAACUACGCAGUCAAAAUGUUUGACAAAUAUUAACCUUAACGGGGCUUUUCUCCAAUCUAUGUGCAGGGCUGUUGAGGGUUUAAUUCCAUCUAGCCCUAGUCCAAGCCACUCAUGCAUUUCUUCCAAGGGUUGCUGGGAGACUGGAAACCCACCAGUCUCUAAAAGAAAAUGGGGUGGGGGGGAAAUACAACUCAGGCAUUGCUUAAAGAGAAUUCUGCCCUCCUGGGAGUCCCUUUUCCUUGCUCUGUGGAGCCCUGAUGGUUUUCCAGAUGCUACUUUUUUCAUUGGUUGUGAGUCCUUUAACGGCCUGUCAAUGCACUUUUUCAUCAGGCUCCUCUUCCCUCGUCCCGAGUGUGGAUUUUCGUCCACGAUGAUUUUAAUUUCCAGUUUGGGCAAGUGUUGUGCCAGUAGCAUUCUGCCUCCGACUGUCCCAAGUGUGUUCUGCAGCGAGUCGUGUGCACUGUCGGGGGUCAUAGCUCUGUCUUUACGUUGUGAAAGAGUUAAACUGUUGAGGGUUUUUGUUUUAUUUUUUUAACCAGAGGCAUCAUCAUAAUCUCUUGUCAGCCCCUGCCACCUACUGACCAGCACUAAUGUGUUUAAUAUCUAUUGUUACUACUAUCUAACUUGCACUUAAUGUUCAUAAUGUGCACACCAGCCUUGUACGGAAUUCAGCUGGCAUAAAGGAGCAUCAUACAGUGUAAUGCUAUAUGUAGGAGAAAAUAUUAAGGUAUUUACUGCAGUGGACCUGCUUCACCAAGCAGAAGGAAGAAAGGCAGCUGCUGAAAAGAGUGGACUUGAUGUUCACUUAAACUCUGGUUCUAUUUUUGUUUUUUAAAUACCAUUUGGUUUUUGUAGAGCAUUGCUGCAGGUUAGGUCAGCCAUCCUAUCAGAACAUGGAGAGGAAAACGCUCUCCAGCUGUUAAGCAAAGAAUCUUUAACACUUCUGGAAUUUAAUCUGUGACGUGCCUGCUCAAAACUUAUAUGCCCUGAUCCAGCCUGGCAUUUACACACAUGUGUAACUCUAAGCAUGCAUGUAGUCUUGUUGAAGUCAGGGCUUAUAUGCUUAUAGUAAUACACAGUAAAGGCCUUAAAAACCCAUUUGUUAAAGUAUUUUUUCUCUAGAAGAAAAACAAAUUGUGUUUAAAUAUUCAGUAAAACUAACUAAAGACCUUCAGUGUUUAGAGAACACAGGGAAAAAAUUGCUUUUUAUGAAAGUCUUUGUAAAGUUUUAUAGCUGUCUUUUUAUUUAAGUAACAAAGUUCUCACUAGAUGUGUUCAUACAUGACCCACUUUGCGUAUCUUGUAUGUAUGUAACAAGUUUUAAAUGAGAUCUCAGUAUAAUGUAUAUUAAACUAUGAUUUUAAUGCAAA